AUGAAGUGUCUGUUCUUCUUCUUCUUCUUCCUCAUCACCGUCCUGUCUACGUCUUUGCACGUGCCCGUAGCGACUGGAAUUGCGUCCAUCGCGAAGACCAUCGUCGUCAACCCUAGCGGCACCGGGGAUUUCAGAAGCAUCCAGGUGGCGAUCAACUCCGUCCCCGACUUCAACAACCAGUGGAUAAAGAUCCACCUCGCUUCAGGAGUUUACAGGUUCGAUCGAGAGGGAGCGCAGAAGACGUCGAUCGAGUGGGGCGAUUACGCCAGCGACUCCGGCGGCCACGACACCACCAGCAGCGGAACGGUCACGUCUUAUGCUUCGAACAUUGUUGUUGCAGGGAUAACCUUCAAGGUCUCGUUCACGCGUAGGCCUGCAUGCAUGCGAGAGGCACAAGUCUAUAUGAUUCGAUCUUUGGUGCAGAACAAAUACGACGGAUACAGCCACAUGAAGCAAGCGGUGGCGGCGAUGAUAUCAGGAGACAAGUCGUCACUAUACUCAUGCAGCUUCAUCGGGUAUCAGGACACUCUCGCUGAUUUGUUCGGAAGACACUACUUCAAAGGUUGCUACAUUCAAGGCGUGACAUUUCCUACAUCCAUAAGGAUGGCUCAGUGA